AACCACCCUUGCUGACCCACUCUCUCCACCACCGCCAUGGCUGCCGUCUCACCCAGCCAUUACCGCGCCCGCUCCUCGUCCGACCCAUUUGGAGACGACAAGAGCUCUCCCCGGAAUGCACCACCGCCACCCCCGAAGAAAACCCGGCAGAAAGAGAAGGAUAUCGUGGAAGAGGUCCGCGAUACGGUCCAUGUUCGCGGAUCCGGAACCCGCAUGUCCCGCAGUCAGACCACAGCCCAGACGUCGCCGCCUCGCUCAGCACCCCCCAUGGGACAUCGUUCCGUGUCUCAAGAUUCGGCCCCGCCUGAGAAGGCCAAAAAGUCGAAGAAGAGCAAACACGCCGAUGUCAUCGAUAAACUCGAUUUUACCGGUAAUGGUCCAAUGUUCCAUCACGACGGUCCUUUCGAUGCAUGUGCGCCCUCGCGUAACCGGCAGAAGAACCGUGCUCCCAUGAUGGCAUGGAGUGCCAAUCCCAAUGAGGCCAUCCCCAAGGAAUACAACGACAACCCCUACCCCUCUCCGCAAGCGUAUUCUGCCUUUUCGUCUGCCGAACAUGAGGCUCCGAAGAAGAAGAUUGAUGCCAUUGCUGAGGCGUGGGGUAUUCACGAGCCAGAGCCGUACGAAGAGUUUUUCGCAGGUGGAGGAGGCGGCACGACCGGCAACACGCCAGCCAGCUCCAUCUACAACGGCAAGGAGGCCUCUCGCAAGACUACUUCGGAAACCCCGAAACGGUCUCAACGCCGAUCUCAAGUUCCUCCUCCUAUGCCCAUCUUUGUUCCCGACGGGGUCAUCGACGGCAGUGCUCCUCUUCCCGACAGCCCUGGCUCACCAAGCAGCUAUCCGCCCAAGCGGUCCAAGUCGCUGAUGCACCGUAUCCGCAAGAUGCGUGAUGCUCCCAACGUUCCCGUCUCGGAUCAGACACCUGGAGAGCCGACCGGCGAGCGGCCCACGCAUCGUUCUCAAAACUCGUUCCUGGGUCGAUUUUCCACUAGUACACGUGGGCCUGGUCCAUACACUGGUUCGUCCCCGACGGCAGAAGGGUCCGAGGCGUAUGUUUUUAUUGAGCCGCAGACAACGGGCAAGAAUGCUAAAGACCUCCCGCCGACUCCCGAUAAUGGUCCGGCAGUGAGCCCACGUGAACAUGUGCCCGCUGUCGGCUACUUUGACGAAUCGGAAGUCGGGGUUGGCGCAGGAAACGGAGCGAGUCUUGGUCGCAAGACGAGUUUGAUGAAGAAAGUUGGACGUGUCGUUCGAGGUUCUCGCUAAUUAUCCCUUGAUUUCUGUAUGUAUCAUUUUCUUGAUCGUGGCUCCCUCCUUCACGAACCCUAUGCACCUUUUUGGCUGUACGUUCCUUGACUUGAUGCAAUGUAUCUACCCGAUUUAUUCCCUGUGGUUGGAGGAUACCUUUACCUUACUCCGAAGUGUAGUUUACUCGUUGAAUCCUAUAUCUUUAUUCUCUAACGCGGAUGCCCUGGGCGACGAGAGAUUCCUUGACCUGCGAGAUCGUCACUUGCUCGCGAUGGAAGAUGCCCGCAGCAAGCGCAGCUUCGACAUUCGUCCGCUGGAAAACGUCGACGAAAUGGGCCGCGCUACCGGCCCCGCUGCUGGCAACCACGGGGAUCCGCACUGCUUUCUUGACGAGCGCGAGGAGAUCGAGAUCAAAGCCGAGUCCCGUACCGUCGCGGUCGAUGCUGUUAACGAGAAUCUCUCCUGCGCCAAGACGAUCGACGCCUUUGGCAAGCUCGACGACAGACAGAGGCCGUGCUUCCCGUCCUCCGGAAACAGUGCAUUGGUACCACCAGGCCGAAGAUCCGUCCCGCACCAGCUCGUCUUUGUAAGGUCCAUCGUAGUCCAGAUCUACGAUGACACGCCGGGGAUCAAUGGAGACUACGACCGCUUGGCGCCCGUAAGCGUGGGCGAUCGUCUCGAUGGAACUCGUGCCAUCCAGUUUCCAGCCCUGGCCGCGUAGCUUUUCGACCGCAUAGACUGCAUCUGACCCGAUGCUAACCUUGUCAGCACCGGCCCGGAAGUACGCCGAGGCUACCUCGAGCGCAGAGUGACUAGUCCCAUCGGGAUCGACGCUGUCCUUGAUUCCGCCACCGAUGGUGAGCGGAACGAAGAGGCAUUCCGCGGCGGCCCGAACAACGGCAAGCAUCGGUUGGUCUCGUAGCGGAGACUGACGGAAAGAUGUGAUGUUGAGCAGACAGAGCUCGUCCGCCCCGGCUGCAUAAUAUCGAGCAGCCAGCGCCACCGGUUUGCCCAAGUUGCGCACGGCACCGCCUGCGCUGGUUGUUGUAAUCGCCGCAGAAUUUUCGCGUUCCCGCACGUCGUACUGAUCGCCCUUGGUCACCACCAGAUCUCCUUCGUCAUUCGCUCUGACGUCCAUGCAGGCUAUAAUCCGCUUCGUCAAUCCCAGCUGCGGAUCCAAGGACCGAGGAGUUCGGUCUGCUGGUGGAGGAUGAUCGGCCGCAGGAUCGCGCAACCAGGCCUCCAGAAUGGCUAGGCCUGCGACGCCCGACUUUUCCGGAUGAAAUUGUGUGCCAAACACAUUCCCCCGGCGGACAGAGGAGACAAACAGUUCAUCGCCGUAUUGUGUCGUUGUACAUGCCCAUUUCGUAGACUCUGGAUACUUGACAGGAUCGUACUUGGCGCAGUACGAAUGAACGAAGUAAUAGAACGCCGAGGCACCGUCCGAAGUCGAAUCCAGUGGCUCAGCGGAGUUCCAACCGAUGUGCGGCACAGAUUUAUCAGCAUUGGAAAACCUCUCUAUCGGCCAUGGAACGAUCCCGAGUCCGGGGGAAGGCGAUUCUUCAGAACGCUGGAAGAGAACUUGCAUUCCAAUGCAUAUUCCAAAGAAAGGCCGUCCAGAGUCGAUGUAUUUUCUCAAAGGUUCCAUAAGACCCCGUUCAAUCAAGCGCUGGACAGCGGACUCGAAUGCACCGACUCCAGGGAAGAUGAGAGACUGUCGCGAAAAUUGAACGGUUGAUCUGGGUGGAAUCGAGAUAACUGACAGUGGCUUCGUUGAAGUCGGAGGGCGUGCUGAUCCAACGAAACUCAUGCCCGAGCUGGCGUAUCGAGUUCGCGAGGCUUGUCACAUUCCCAGCACCAUAGUCGAGCAAGUAGAGCAUGGUCAAGACGAGGCUCUGAGUCAAUAUGACUUUUCUGGACUCCAGAUCGGGAUGGAUUGUGAUGAUCAAAUCAAAUCACGGAUUUCGGUAUACGAUACACUCGAGUCUUUCGUUGUAUCGGCCGAACUGCAGCCAACAGGGCCUUGCGUGGACUUGCGCACAUGGUUUCCAUAAUCAAUCAGAUUACGAACUAGCCAGACCUAGAUGUUGGUCGUUGACCGUUCAAUGCAUCGGGACCGCGCGGAUAAUCCACUCUCCUACCUACGGUGACCUACCAACCCUAGAUAAAUUCUUAUUCUACCCCGAGCACGCAAAGAUCACCUAUGGUUGAUGAAUUUAUGAGUCACGAUGUCAUAAGAAUGCCUUCAAGUAUUCAAAUUUGCACAACAUGGGGGGACUGCCUCAUCUCGAGCUUCGACACUCAUGUCAAAUCCCAUUGCGAUUCCCAGCUCCCGCUCCCGCGAGGUUGCCACUACGGCAUCACCAUCCUCUGCCCCGGUGGCAUCUCCACAUCUCAAUCUCAAGUUGCUCCACCCCGUCGAAAACGUUAAUCUACGCUUGUUGCUCCUCGAAAACAUCAGCCAGGACGCUGUAUCCGCAUUUCGCUCGCAAGGAUUCCAUGUCGAUCACCACACAAAAGCGAUGUCUGAGGCCGAGCUCAUUGAGCUCAUACCCUCGUACCAUGCUGUUGGCAUUCGCAGCAAGACCAAGAUCACGGCUUCAGUCGUAAAAGCUGCCACUAAGCUGCUCGUCAUCGGAUGUUUCUGCAUCGGCACUAACCAAGUCGAUCUCCCCGCUGCGGCUCAGGCCGGCAUCCCCGUCUUCAACUCGCCCUUCUCGAACUCCCGUUCUGUCGCGGAGCUGGUCAUGGGAGAACUCGUCGCUCUCUCUCGCCAGUUGUUCGAGCGUUCUUACGAGCUUCGUACUGGGGUUUGGAAUAAGCAGUCCAAGGGCUGCUGGGAACUCCGAGGAAAAACGCUGGGUAUCGUUGGGUAUGGGCACAUUGGUGCUCAGCUCUCGGUCCUUGCCGAGGCUUUUGCCAUGCGCGUCAUCUUCUACGAUGUGCUCAACAUCAUGCCUCUCGGAUCGGCGAAACAGAUGGAAUCGCUCGCAGCUCUGCUCGGGGAGGCCGACUUCGUGACCUUACACGUUCCGGAGCUGCCUGAAACGAUCAACAUGAUGUCGUCGCCGCAGUUUGCCAAGAUGAAGAAGGGGGCAUACUUGAUCAACAACUCCCGAGGAAAGGUAGUCGACAUUCCUGCGCUAGUCAGCGCUCUCCAGUCAAAACAUCUCGCUGGUGCAGCGAUCGACGUGUUCCCAUCAGAGCCUGGCUCCAAUGGCUCGCCGUUUGAUGAUCAGCUGAACUCCUGGGCCAGCACCCUUCGCUCGAUACCGAACGUCAUUCUCACCCCUCAUAUCGGUGGAUCGACAGAGGAGGCCCAGCGAUUGAUUGGAGAGGAAGUGGCCCAAUCCCUGACGCGUUACCUGGACUAUGGGUCGACAGUCGGCGCAGUCAACUUCCCCGAAGUCGAUCUGCGCGCUAUUACCCAAGAGCAGGGCGACCAUAUCCGUGUUUGCCACGUCCACAAGAACCAGCCCGGUGUGCUCCGCCAGGUCAACGAGGUCCUCUCUCCGUACAACGUCGAGAAGCAGUACUCUGAUUCCAAGGGCGACAUUGCCUACCUCAUGGCUGAUAUUGCCGAUGUCAGCAUCGACGAUAUCAGCAAACUGCGCGAUCUAAUCAGUGGCAACAGCGCCAACAUUCUGACGCGUUUCCUAGCCUGA